AUGUCGGAUAGCAAAGUGAUUAAGGGGGUGUUGGUGGACACCACUGCCCCAGUGAAAACCUCGACAAUAUACGUACCCCGGCCUGCGUUAAAUGUCUGUAGGACCCCUGCGUCCAACUGUGAAAUGCUCUGCUCUCGCGCAAUAUCCUGCGGAUACCGGCAUAUCAACACUUCCCAAGAAUCUGGCAACGAAGCAGAAAUUGGCGAGGCAGUGCGUAAAUCUGGCAUUCCUCGAGAGGACUUCUUUCUGGCGAUCAAGGUCUCGAUAGAAUGGCCCUUCACAGGUGAGACCUACGAAAACAUAAUCGAGAGUGUGGAUAAAUUUGGAGGCAUCGGCGGAUACGUCGACCUGAUCUUGAUAGAGACCCUCUCCGAUAGUAUCCAAAUGAGAUGUGAUAUGUGGCAUACGCUGGAGCAUGUGCUCAAAGAUGGGAAGACAAAAGGCAUCGGCGUGAGCGACUAUACCCUUGACCCUUUCCUCCAGAUCGGUGCGUAUUCGAAAAUAGGGCCACCACAUGUAGUUCAGCUUGAGCUGAAUCCCUGGAAUCAGCAGAAGGAGCUCGUUCAACACUUACAGCAUUAUGGCGUACUGAUUGAAGCGUACUCUGCUCUGACCAUGGAUUUUAAGACUCUCGACUUCGAGGUGGCAAUCCUGGCAUUGAAAUACAACAAGACCCCACACCAGAUCCUGAUACGGUACUCGCUCCAGAAGGGCUGGGUGCCCUUGCUGAGUAGCACAAACCCGGACCACAUCAUGUCCAACAUGGACGUUUUCGACUUCGCCCUUACAGAAGAAGAUAUGAUUAUGCUUGACUGGAAGGAUGAUGGCACGUGGAAAGGUGAUUAG